AUGGAAAACUAUACCAAAAUAGAGAAAAUUGGAGAAGGUACCUAUGGAGUUGUGUGUAAGGGUAGACAAGGUCAAGUGGUAGCCAUGAAGAAAAUCAGACUAGAAAGUGAAGAGGAAGGGGUUCCUAGUACUGCAGUUCGGGAAAUUUCUCUAUUAAAAGAACUUCGUCAUCCAAAUAUAGUCAGUCUUCAAGAUGUGCUUAUGCAGGAUUCCAGGUUAUAUCUCAUCUUUGAAUUCCUUUCCAUUGAUCUAAAGAAAUAUUUGGAUUCUAUCCCUCCUGGUCAGUUCAUGGAUUCUUCACUUGUUAAGAGUUAUUUGUACCAAAUCCUACAAGGGAUUGUGUUUUGUCACUCUAGAAGAGUUCUACACAGAGACUUAAAACCUCAAAACCUACUGAUUGAUGACAAAGGAACAAUUAAACUGGCUGAUUUUGGCCUUGCCAGAGCUUUUGGAAUACCUAUUAGAGUAUAUACACACGAGGUAGUAACACUUUGGUAUAGAUCUCCAGAAGUAUUGCUGGGGUCAGCUCACUAUUCGACUCCAGUUGACAUUUGGAGUAUAGGCACCAUAUUUGCGGAAUUAGCAACGAAGAAACCACUUUUCAAUGGGGAUUCAGAAAUCGAUCAACUCUUCAGAAUUUUCAGAGCUUUGGGUACCCCCAACAAUGAAGUGUGGCCAGAAGUGGAAUCUUUACAGGACUAUAAGAAUACAUUUCCCAAGUGGAAACCUGGAAGCCUAGCAUCCCAUGUCAAAAACUUGGAUGAAAAUGGCUUGGAUCUGCUCUCGAAAAUGUUAGUUUAUGAUCCUGCCAAAGGAAUUUCUGGCAAAAUGGCACUGAAUCAUCCGUAUUUUAAUGAUUUGGACAAUCAGAUUAAGAAGAUGUAGCUUUCUGGCAAAGAGUUUCCGUGUGUUGUAUCAAGAACACAGUUAUAUUUCUACUCUCAACUC